AUGGGCUGUACAACCGUUCAGGUGGUACACCAAUGCUAUCGCAGCUAUCUACGAGCCUAUAAGAUCGAUAUUGGAUCGUCUGGAAAGUUACCGCCUAUUGGCGUAUAUUCGAAAGCAGUUGGAAACACUGAGCAUGUGGACAGUUUGUGCAGACAGUACGACAGUUUGCAUAACUGCAUCCAGUCAAAUGAUGUUCAAACGUCGACGUUAGAAUGCAUGAAUCUGAAAAUGUUCGAAGCGUUAACCUUGCGCUAUGAAGACGCCAUCCACUAUAUGAUCAACUAUGCAGCAUACGAGUUCGCAUGCAGUGAAGGCUAUAAAGCGAAUGAGCAAUGUUUCAAAGUCACCCUAACGAGCAAAACAGUGGAGAAGGAGCUGCUGCGAUGUAAACUCAUACUGAUACAAGAUGAUCCAAUAGGCACUUGUCACUCAUAUAAAAAGGAUGCACACUGUACGAGUGAGGUAUUUGGUGAGGCGUGUGGCAGAGUUGUUGGCCGCGCAAUGUGCGAGCUUAUGGUUCAUUUGGGGCAUUAUUUGGCAGGGGUGGAAAGGUCGUGCUUGCACGUUCUGAACGCCGAAUGCAGUCGGUACUCUUCAGCUGCACACUCGACGACGUGUUUGAUCUCUGUGCAAAUCUUGUUUAUUUUGAUGACUAUUUUGUGGCAGUUUCAGACAAUUGGUGUUUGA